CGCGCACUGGGUCCCGGAGCGCCCGCGGGCGCCCCGCCGCUGAGCGCGCGCCCUUUCGGAUGCCCACGCCUGGGUGGCCGGCCCCGGACGACGCGGGGAGGGCAGUAAGGCCCCAGGAGCCGCUUACACCAUUCCUGGGCGGAGGCCGUUCAGCCGCGGUGAACUCCGCCAGUGGAACCCUCUACAAAUUAUCAUCUCUGGACUCCCAGCUGACACCCUGCCGGGGGCAAGAGCUGCCAGGCCAGCUGGAACUGUGCCUUCUCUGUUGUCAAGGUUUUCUUCUUACACAGGAAAAAGAAAGAAAAAAAAAAGAUGAAGUUGGGCAAAGUGGAGUUCUGCCACUUCCUGCCGCUCGUCGCUCUCUUCCUGUGCUUUUCUGGGAUGAGCCAAGCCGACCUGCCGAGGUCCAGGUCGAAGCCCUAUUUCCCGUCGGGGAGGCCCCGGACCAAGCGCAGCUGGGUGUGGAACCAGUUCUUUGUGCUGGAGGAGUACAUGGGGUCGGACCCUCUCUACGUGGGAAAGCUUCACUCUGAUGUUGAUAAAGGAGAUGGUUCCAUCAAAUACAUCUUGUCAGGCGAAGGGGCGAGUUCCAUUUUCAUUAUUGAUGAGAACACGGGGGACAUUCAUGCCACCAAGAGGCUGGACCGCGAGGAGCAGGCCUACUACACGCUGCGAGCCCAGGCGCUGGACAGGCUCACCAACAAGCCGGUGGAGCCCGAGUCGGAGUUCGUCAUCAAGAUUCAGGACAUCAACGACAAUGAACCCAAAUUCCUGGACGGCCCCUACACUGCCGGGAUUCCUGAAAUGUCUCCUGUGGGGACCUCGGUGGUGCAAGUGACAGCCACAGACGCUGACGACCCUACUUAUGGCAACAGCGCCCGCGUGGUGUACAGCAUUCUGCAAGGACAGCCGUACUUCUCGGUGGAACCCAAGACAGGAGUCAUCAAGACCGCCCUUCCAAACAUGGAUAGAGAGGCUAAAGACCAGUAUUUGCUUGUUAUCCAGGCAAAGGAUAUGGUUGGUCAAAACGGAGGACUCUCGGGAACCACGUCGGUCACCGUGACCCUCACGGACGUCAACGACAACCCCCCUCGCUUUCCGCGAAGAUCUUACCAAUACAAUGUCCCUGAAUCCCUGCCCGUGGCCUCCGUGGUGGCCCGGAUCAAAGCCGCCGACGCAGACAUAGGACCUAACGCCGAGAUGGAAUACAGGAUUGUGGAUGGCGACGGCCUGGGGGUUUUCAAGAUUUCUGUUGACAAAGACACGCAGGAAGGAAUCAUUACUAUACAGAAGGACCUGGAUUUUGAAGCCAAAACAAGUUAUACGCUACGGAUAGAAGCUGCAAACAAGGACACCGACUCUCGCUUUCAGAGCCUGGGGCCGUUCAGCGACACGACGACCGUGAAGAUCAUCGUGGAAGAUAUAGACGAGCCCCCUGUGUUCUCUUCCCCCUUGUACCCCAUGGAGGUGUCAGAAGCCACCCAGGUCGGGAACAUCAUCGGCACUGUCGCGGCUCACGACCCAGAUGCUGCCAACAGCCCCGUGAGGUAUUCAAUUGACAGAAACACAGACUUGGAGAGAUACUUCAACAUCGAUGCCAACAGUGGAGUGAUUACAACGGCCAAAUCUUUGGAUAGAGAGACAAAUGCCGUCCAUAAUAUCACAGUCCUUGCCAUGGAGAGCCAGAAUCCAUCCCAAGUAGGAAGAGGCUUUGUGGCCAUCACGAUCCUGGACAUCAAUGACAACGCUCCUGAGUUCGCCACGGACUACGAGACCACCGUGUGUGAGAACGCCCAGCCGGGCCAGGUCAUCCAGAAAAUCAGCGCUGUGGAUAAAGACGAGCCGUCCAAUGGGCACCAGUUUUAUUUCAGCCUAACCACCGAUGCGGCUAACAACCACAACUUCUCACUGCAAGACAACAAAGACAACACAGCCUCCGUUCUCACCCGGAGAACCGGCUUCCGGAGGCAGGAGCAGUCCGUGUACUACCUGCCGGUCUUCAUCGUGGACAGCGGGUCGCCCUCCCUCAGCAGCACCAACACCCUCACCAUCCGCGUCUGUGACUGCGACGCGGAUGGAAUAGCGCAGACCUGCAACGCCGAGGCCUACGUGCUGCCCGCGGGCCUCAGCACCGGAGCGCUCAUCGCCAUCCUCGCCUGCAUCCUGACGCUCCUGGUGCUGAUCCUCCUGAUCGUCACCCUGAGACGGCGGAAAAAGGAGCCCCUCAUUUUCGACGAAGAGAGAGACAUCCGAGAGAACAUCGUGCGCUACGACGACGAGGGCGGGGGCGAGGAGGACACGGAGGCCUUCGACAUGGCCGCGCUGAGAAACCUCCACGUGGUCAGGGACACCAAGACCCGCAGGGACGUGACUCCGGAGAUCCAGUUCCUGAGCCGCCCCGCCUUCAAGAGCGUCCCCGACAACGUCAUUUUCCGGGAGUUCAUUUGGGAGAGGCUGAAGGAGGCGGACGUGGACCCCUGCGCGCCCCCCUACGACUCCUUGCAGACCUACGCGUUCGAGGGCAACGGCUCGGUGGCCGAGUCGCUGAGCUCGCUGGAGUCCAUCAGCUCCAGCUCCGAGCAGAACUACGACUACCUGAGCGACUGGGGGCCGCGCUUCAAGCGCCUGGCGGACCUGUACGGCACCGGCCAGGAGGGCCUGUACUCAUAGCCCCGGGACGGCACUGCAGCCGAGGGGAGAGCAAACACCUAGAAAUAGAAAAUGCAAUUGAAAAAAGAAAAAAACCCACUGCAUACAGACGACAAGAACUGGCUAGAGGAAGUGGUUGUACAUAUGUCUCCAUUUUUAACAGUUUAGGUUUCUGCCUCGGUGAAGUGUAAUAAGUUCAUUAGAUGGACCCAAGGGACGGAUUGCCCACACACCCUGAGCAUGGGGAGGUUUUUUAGCCAAAAGGAGUGCUCAGUGCUUUGUGAGUGGAUAGCAACUCUCAGCUGCCUGCAAAGGCGCCCAGCCUCUGUGAGUGAGUGGCGCCCCGUGCCAUUGGUGAGCCCCGGAUGCUCUGCACAGGCCCUUGGGGUGCCGCCAACCAGGAGACCAUACCCUGCGGUGGAAAAGCUCUGCAACUUCUUGCAUAUCAAAUCUUGGGACACGUUUAAUUUAUAGGGACGCUUUGAGCUUGCUAGAUUAGAGAAUCCAGCAGAAUUUUAUUGCUGUGGGUUAGCAAAUAUAUUUUAUGUAGCAAAAUAUAAAUUCAUAGGAAAAUCCACCCCAAUCUUCCAAUACAAGCCAAUAAAAUGUGGUUUAAGGCAGCAUAAAAAAAAACAUUGUUUAGCCAAUAAAUAAAAAGGGUUCUGAAUAAGACAAAGGUAAAUCAUGCUUAAAGUGUGCAAUCUUUUGAGAUUCUUUUGUAGGUAUAAAAAAAGUUGCUAUUUGUUGAUUUUUUUUCUCUUCUGAUUUGUACAGGAGAAUAUCUUUUCUUUCUUAUUUGACACAUGAUGUUACAUUUAUUUUGGCGCUCCAGUCUCCACUAAGGUCAGGUCCAUCUUACUGCCUUAUAGUAUCAAGCUCAUCAGAACAUGCUGCUUUUUUCUCCGGUCUGAGCUACGUGAAGGAAAUGAAGCAGAGAAAUGGAGAAAGCAUAGAGUGGUUGGGCCCCGUUGCAGCUGACAUCUCAGAGAGGAGCACAGCUACUGGACACUCGCGUCACGGGACUUAGCCAUCGGGACGUACAAAACGGGGGAAUGAAAGAUUUGUAUUUUAGAAAGAAGACUUCAAAGAUAAUUGAGAUUUCCUUUGAUGCAAGAUUUAUUUUUCAAGGUCACAAGUUCUAGAUGCUCCAAAGACUUUUGAGAGUUUGUUUUACCCCAGCCUCUUUUGCUGUAAACAUACAGCCUAUAAGACUGUUUUUUUAUAUACCUUCAACAAUGUAAUGUUAUAAAUCUCAGAAACCCAUCUUUAAAUUCCAAUGCAAAUACGUUCCUCAAGAAUAGACCUUGUAGUGUGUAAUUUCUGUGCCAGUUUAGAUGUGCCAAAGUGAGGAGAGCAAUUUCAAGGGAUCACACGUGUUUAAGUUUGUAAUGGGCUUCUUGUUAAAAGAGAAGAAUUUUAUGACUAAUAUACUAUUUCUACCUUUCAUUUUUUUCUAGAACAGUACUAGUUUAAUGUGCAUAUAUUCAAGUCAGAACAGAUUUUCUUUUCUCCUUUUGGAAGGAAUUAUUGUUGAGUUCCUAAUAAGUCUGUAGAGGGUGGAGUGGACAUUGUGUAAGAAAUUAUGUGUUAAAAGUGCUUCUUUCUGAAAGACAAACACUGGAACGAGGAUAUCGGUGUAUGGAUGACACUAGGAGAAACUAUGUGGGAUUCUGUAAACUGGCAGCCCCCUCCUUAGAAACGAAGUAUGUGAAAGUGGCCUUCAGCUUCAUCACAAUAAAUAAUUCAAUAAAUUGGAUUAUCCGCCAACAGUCCUUUCAUUUGAAUAAAGUUUUGUAGACAUUGUUCCAUGACCAGGUAGAUAUGCUUCUUGCUGUAUUGAUACACAUAUAUACAAAAAAGCAAUUUUAUAACAGAGUAAAAGAUAUGUUCAUUACUUUUAGUCAUGUAUGUAAGUUUUUCCAAUAAAAAAAUAAAACCUAGUGCACUUCUACCCUUUUCAAUAAAAUCACAGUGUGGCGUAGGAAUUAUGUACGUAUUGAAUCGGCAAGGUGCUGAGAAAACAGUUUUGUAAUAAUCCCCUUGUUGUCUGCAAGAAGAUAAAAUAGUUUAGUACAGUUGACUUCUGUUGUCAGAACUGCUGAUUGUUGCACAUAUCACUUAAUGGAGGUGUGAAUGUAUUUUAGAAAAGGAAUAUCACAUUAUUCACCAGGCUUUCUUUCCUUUUAAAGAAUAUAUUUUCUUGGUUCUUAUUUUUUUUCAUAUUUGCCAGUAAUAUAUUGGGA